AUGUCAGCCCCCGGCCCCGACCGCCGCGCCGCCCUCCCAGGCUGCCGGGGUCGGGGCGCGGGCCGCUUCCGGGGCGCGCGGCGCAUGCGUGUCCCCAAGGACAGCAGCGGCCCAGCGUCCUGGCGUCCGAGCCUGAGCUGCCUGGUGCUGACGCUGGAGUCACCCAAGGAAGUCAUCGGGCUUGCUGAGCCCCGCGGCCAGCGGAGACCAUGCCUGGCCGCUGUCCUAGCUGUCGGUGACCCUGCCCGGGCCCUGGAUGGUGGGUGCUCUAUGGUCCCAAGGGCGCUGGCUGGGCCGGGACAACUUCGUGCCCAGGUCCGCGACUGGCGGGUCACAGGUCAUGGCCCCGGAUGCCAGCCUGGGUUUGUCCCCACCCUGUGCAGCUGGCGCGAGCCCAGGACACCUCAGGGCGUCCGGAGCGCUCCUGAGGGACGGCGUCUCCGUGGGCCAAGCACCGCUGCCCAAUGUCUGUCCCACCGGGCCAGGUGCAGGGGCCUGAGGCCCCGAGGCUGGGCCUUGGGGUCACAGCGGGCUGUUGGGGUCCCAGUCUGUCCUCUUUCAGCUCCCGACACCAAGGGGGGCAGCAGCCCCGCGCGCCCCGAGGACCCCGAGAGCCCCUGGGACCCCGAACAUCCUGAGUCGCCCGCGGACCCCGCGCUCCCGCAGCUCCCGCGCCGCCCGUGGCUCCUGGACGAGGCCCACGCGCCCGACGAGGACGCGGUGGCGGGGGGCGGUGAACCGGGCCCCGGGGACCCCACGGCCUCGUCCCCGUCCCCGGGGCCUAAGGCGGCCGGCAGCGUCCCACACAUCGGCUUCACGACCGAGCCCCCGCCCUACGCGCCACUGGACCCCAAGGCGGCGCCCGCGCUCUUCGCUCCCUUCCCGCCACCCGUGCUGCUGCCGCCCGCGCCCGCUGCGCUCUUCCCGCCCGGCCCGCUCUUCUCGGCCACUGUGCCCGGCGCCUACACCUUCCCUGCGUACUGCAGCCCCGCGGCUGCCCCGGGGGAGCACAGGGCGCCGCCCAAGGACUACAUGGCGGAGUCCGUGCUGGUGACAUUCUUCUGCUGCCUGCUCACGGGGCUCAUCGCCGUCGUCUACGCCCACGAGGUAGGCGGGCGGGGCGGGGCUGCCAGGCCGACGGGGUCUCCGGUGGCUCCCACAGAGGGCGGGCACUGGGAGGGCCUUGCCCGUUCGGAUGGGACCCGCUCCCCUCCUGUGCACCCCUGCACGGCUGCGCGGGAGGGUUCUCAGGCCGGGCCUGGGGCUGCCCUCCCACGAAGCUCCUGGGUCUGCCUCCCUCUCGCCUGUCCAGCCCCUCAGCCAUCUGCACCGCUCACCACCCUGAUAGCAUCCCUCCACCCACCCGCCCACUCUUCCACUGACCUGCGGAUCCACCGCCAUCCACCCACCUACUCACCCGCUCCGCCACCCGUCCAUCCGAUUCAGCUGUGCAUCCCCCCCCACCCUUAUAUCCAGGCAUAUCGCUGUCUGCCCACCCACCUGCUCGCUUAUCCAUCAUCCACCUCUCCAUCCUUCUGCCCACCCGCUGUACACCCGUGUCUCUAUGCAUCCGUUACCUGUUCGUCCACCCAUCACUCUGUUCAGCCACACCGCCCUCCCUCCCUCCAUCCACCUUUUGACCUGUUCACCCUCCAGCCGCAUCUCCUUACUUCCCGGGGCCCUCCUGACCUUGCUAACCACAGGGUGGCACAGGGUGCGGGCCCGGGUGACGUUCCAGCAGCAGGAAGCUAGGGGCCUGGGCUCAGGCUGGCCUGGCCACCCUGGCUGUGAGGCCCUGGCCAAGUUGAUGAGCCUUGUCCCUCCGUCCGCAAGCCGGGUGCAGUGACCCCAUCCGUGGCCCUGGCAGGCCCUCACUCACCCACCCCGCGCCGGCCGUCCUGUUGCAGACCCGGGCGGCGCUGGGAAGGGGUGACCUGGCCCAGGCGGAGGAGACCUCGCGCAAGGCCCGCUCGCUGGUGCUCUUCAGCCUGCUCUUCGGGGUCUUUGUGUCCACCAGCUGGGUCAUCUACAUGGUGGUGGCCCUCUACCUCCCCUGAGGCUGGUGCCCUGGGGUCACGGCCUGGCCACCCCUUUCUGUGGACUCGGAUGCCCUCGUGGCCAGCUGCUGCUCACAGAAGGCAAAGAGGCUGGAUUGGCAGCUGUCCUCAGGCCGUGGCAUCUGCGGUGGCCCUGGGACAGGGCUCACCCGAGCCUCCUCCAAGGUCUCCCUGGGACCCUCACCCUUGUCCUGACCUUGAGAGUCCACAGUGGGACGGAGCCCUGUGACUUCACAGCCACCUGGAAGGACUUGUCGCCUCCAGCCCUGCCAGGUGGUGCACCUGUCCCAGGAGAGGAGAGGUGCUGGCUCCUCCGUCCUCCUGGCAGCUGCUGAGGGACAGGGGCAGGGGCCAGUCUCCUCUACUGAUGCCACAGCCAGAAACGGGGCCACUGUGUCCACCUGGUCCCAGGAAGUGGUGCCUGGACUUCUGGGGACACUGCCUCUUCCUGCUCCUUUCCGGUUACAGCAGCAUCUGUCUGCAGCUGGGCUCAGGCACCUGUCCUGGGCACUGAGAUGCUGCUGGCCCUGGACAGAGAGCUCUGCCUGCUGCUCACACCACGAUGCCCAGUGGCUGUGCUGGGGCUUCGCUGCUCCUCCCUGCCCUGCUUCUGUCCCUGUCCCUGUGAUCUGCAGCUUUGGCCUUGCCCACCCGAGCGGGGGGAUCCACUGGGUCCCCUCUGGGCAGUGCGGCUGCAGGUCACCCCAUCCAGGUUGCUGUGGUCCUGAAACCACGCCCCCUGCAGAGAGGAGGAAGUGGCCACUGACCAUGGAGCGUCCACCGCCAGGCACCGGGAGACAGGACGGAGGGGCCUCAGGCGUGGCCUCCCCUUCACGGGCAGGGCUGGGCCAGGAGGGGCCGUGCCAGCCACAGGAGCAGAGGACGACAUCUGAGGAUGGGCACCUGCCAGAAACUACCUGCCGAGGCUCUUCUCACGGGACUCUGAUUGUUUUUUUCCAGCACUGGGAUCUGAGUCCAGGGCCUCACGCAUGCCCUGCACUGUUAAAUAAAUCAGAACAAAAAAAUCACCCAGCCCCUGCGUCUUGAGUGUUAAAGUGUUUGAGUCCUGGGGACCCGAUUAAAAUGCAGGUUCUGCUCCUCACUGGAGCUUGAACUUCUGCAUUUCUAAUGAGCUCUGCUAAUGAGGCUGAAGAUGACAGAGGAGGAGACAGCCAAGCUGUUCCAAGCAGAGCACAGUGGUGCACACCUGUCAUCCCAGCACUCAGGAGGCUGAGGCAGGAGGAUCACGAGUUCAACGGCAGCUUGGGCUACAUACUGAGAAUCUAUCUCAAAAAAUCAAACCAAAAAAACUCCAAAAAUAAACAAAAACUAAAAAGCGUUGAGGAUACAGGUCUGCUGUAGAGAACCCCUGGGUUCCACGGUCUGUACACAAUAAAAAAAACCCCAAACCAGGGUGGGAAAUGCUUCCCCUCUCUCUUCUGCAGCAGGAGUCCAUCCGUGUAGGGCUGAAGUUUUGUUUCUUGGCACGAUCUUGCCAAGCCUUCCGGGGAUGGCUUGGUGGGUGGUCUUUGGACCAGAAUUAACUCCUUUAACACCAAAGCCUGCUUAUUUGUACCUUUUCCCCCCAGUGCUGAGGAAUGAACCCAGGGCCUUCACACGGAGCUGUAUCCCAGCCCUAUUUCUUAUUUUGAGCCACGGUCUCGCUAAGUGACCCUCCUGCCUCAGCCUCCCAGAGUGCUGAGAUUCACCUGUGUACCACUGCUCGGCUUGCAGCUCUCCCAAGCUGAUUCUGCUUUUCUCCAGGGUGCGUGAGGCACAGCAGUCCACAGAGUGUCUGGCACCUAAGAGCUGCCAGCAGAUGUGCUCUGGUGCCCACAGUCUGCACAGCACGGCCCAAGGCCGACGCUGUCCCCACGCCCGCUCCUAGUGGUGCCCAGGGGUGGAGGAGCUGCUCCCGAGGUCUUCGGUGCAUCAGCUGUGGUGGGGACCGGGCCUCUGGCCAGGGCUGUCUUCCUCCAGCUGCUGCCUGUGUACGCAGGGCCCCAGCCAGAGCCGAGUCUGAGUGGACGGCAUCACCGCCACACGGGGCCCCACCUCCCUGCUGCGGUGCGAGGGACUUCCUGGACCCUGUGCGUUCAGUCCACAGCCACGACGGUUGCCUCAGGAGCCAGCCUGGCCUCUGGGUGUCGGGGCCAGAUGAGGUGUGGAGCUGCUGGCGGUGAGGGAGCUGGCAGUGGGGGACGCAGGGGCACACAGGUCCCAGGUCACCUACGGCCUGAGGUCACAGACGGCACAGGACCAUCAGAGGCCCGGUCCCCUUGGGGCUGACGGGACUUCCUGCUGACACCCGAAGCCCUGGGCGCUCCCGGGAGGGAGGAUUGGCCAGGUCGCCGCCGUGCCUAAGCGUGACCCACUGGGGACAGCCACCCCCCUUCCAGGGAUGGACUCAGCUUGCCUGCGGGGGACAUCCGCCCCGGGCCCAGGCGCAGGGCUGAGCGCUGAGACCAGAGGCCCCACUGCUCACCACUCCUGCUGCCGCCCAGGGGUGUCUCACUGCAGGAAGGUGUGGGCAGGGACCCAGCCCCGUGGGGGACAGCAUGUGGCGUGGCUCUGGGGGCGUGCAGAGGGCAGAG